AGGCAGCAACUCUUCGUUURACAAUAACUCAUUCAAACUUUCGAACAUGACAGGACGAGGCAAAGGAGGAAAAGGUCUUGGAAAAGGAGGCGCCAAACGCCAUCGUAAAGUGUUACGUGACAACAUCCAAGGAAUCACUAAGCCCGCAAUUCGUCGGUUGGCACGCCGUGGAGGAGUGAAACGUAUCUCCGGUUUGAUAUAUGAGGAAACUCGUGGUGUAUUGAAAGUAUUUCUGGAAAACGUAAUCCGUGAUGCUGUUACAUACACCGAACAUGCCAAGAGNUAUUAG